CUUCUUCUUCUUGUUCGUCACCCUCAUCUUGAUCCUUGCUUCAAGACCCGCUUUUGCCAUGGAUGAACAUUAUGUGAACUGCGGUAAGACGAUCUCAUGUGGAAACAUUGACAACAUUGGUUAUCCAUUUUGGGGUUCAGACAGGCCGGAAUACUGUGGCUUCCCGGGGUUUGAGCUGAACUGCAGUGGCACUGAUCCAGAGAUCACAAUCUCCUCAGCAACAUAUCAAGUUCUCCAAAUCAACGAGGAGUCCGGAGUUCUCACCGUGGCCAGAGCUGAUUAUGAAGACACCCUUUGCCCCAACUUACUCAUUAACACCACCCUGAAUCUUGAUCUCUUUGAAUAUAGCUCCGAUACUCUGAACAUAGCCCUGUAUUGCGGUUGCCCCACGGUAUCAGAUCAGAUCAAGGGACUCUCCAAGCAAUUUGAUUGCGAUAUGAACGGAAACCUCUCCUGUUACUACCUGGCGAGAAAUUUCAGUGGGUUUGAAGGGGAUCCAAUUGUGACUGAAAUCACUUCCUCCUUGGGUAGAUGCAGUAACAGGGUCUUUCUGGCUGCAAACCAAUCUGAAAUUUGGUCUCUAGAGACUACUUUGAGUCCGAGGUUGGAUGCUCUGGUGAAUGCUCUGUCAAAGGGAUUUGGGUUGGUGUGGAAUGCAAAUAAUAGCUUGUGUGAUCAGUGCACAAAGUCUGGCGGAAAGUGUGGGUAUAAUACGAUUUCCAAUAAGUUUUCUUGUUACUGCACAGAUAAGCCUUAUGAUACCGCCUGUCCAGGUAUAAGGUCAUCUAAUUGGAAGUUAAUCAUAGGGGUAAUUGCCAUUUCUGGCAUAGCAAUUUCUUUUAUGGCGUAUUUCCUCUGGCCUAAAAAAAAUUCAUCAUCAAUUUUGAAGAUUCUCAACCCUGGCCAAAUUAGGAAUAGGAAGAAGAAAAAUGAACAGGUUGAAGCAUUCUUUCUUGAGUUUGGUAAUUCUCUUGCCCCCAAGAAAUUUUCUUAUUCAGACAUCAAGAAAAUCACCAAUUCGUUCUCAAAUAAAUUGGGUCAAGGAGGAUACGGCAGUGUAUACAAAGGGACAUUACUUGAUGGCCAUAUUGUGGCCGUAAAAGUACUUAACGAAUCCAAAGGGGAUGGACAGGAUUUCAUCAAUGAAGUUGCUAGCAUUAGCAAAACAUCUCAUGUCAAUGUAGUCACUCUACUGGGGUUUUGUUACCAGAGGUCGAAAAGAGCUUUGAUUUAUGAAUACAUGCCGAAUGGAUCACUGGAUAAGUUCGUUUAUAAUCAUGGAUGUCCAGAGAAAAACCGUCAGCUUGACAUUAAGACCUUGUAUAAAAUUGCAGUAGGCAUUGCUCAGGGACUAGAAUACUUGCAUAAAGGUUGUAACACAAGGAUUUUGCACUUUGACAUAAAACCCCACAACAUCCUCUUGGAUGAGAACUUUUGUCCGAAGAUCUCUGAUUUUGGCCUUGCAAAAUUAUGUGAAACCAGAGAUUCUAAUGUUUCAGUCACCGGUGGUGCUAGAGGAACUUGUGGAUAUAUUGCUCCAGAAAUGAUUUGCAAAAAUUUUGGAAGAGUAUCAUACAAGUCUGAUGUUUAUAGCUAUGGAAUGAUGGUUCUUGAAAUCACUGGGGCAAGAAAGAACGUUAAUGCAGAAGUGUCUCAUAGCAGUGAAAUGUAUUUUCCCUCAUGGAUUUAUAAGCAAAUUGAGAAAGCAGAAAAACUAAAUCUUGACAGAGUCGUCAAUAAUGAUGAAGAAGAAGAAGAAAUGACAAGGAAGAUGGUAAUAGUGAGCCUUUGGUGCAUCCAAACAAUUCCAUCAAACAGACCAUCAAUGAGUAAGGUGCUUGAGAUGUUACAAGGAAGCCUUGAAGCUUUGCCACUUCCACCAGAAGCCUUGUUGUCUUCUCCAAGGCCUGCAGCAGUAAGGUCACCUCAAAACUCCUCCACCACAUCAUCAGUCAUAAUGCAGGUUAGAGACCAUACUCCACAACUAUUUGCAGCUAUCUGCAACUAUCUAUGCGAUUUAGCCCUAUGCAUCAUAAUGUUUUUGGAUGAAGAAUUGUUGUCAUUUUCCUUACCGAGUUCCUCACAUAUUGCAGGUGGUUUCCGAGCACCUUUGAGAAAGUAUCACUACUUGUUUCUUACUGAUUUCCGAACAUUAAGGUUAUAUAUUCAGCGAGGUACAGUGAAUUUCUGUUGAAGGAAGCCACAACAACAAAGCUACAGGAAUCCAUUUUAUGGUUGAAGAAGGUUGCAGCAAUAUGAAAGGUCAGAUGAAUGAAGCACUGCUGCUGUCCUUAUAUAGGUUUGAUUUAAUUGUAAUUUGUUUAGUAUUUUGGUUAUUCUAAGCUUUAGUUUACUUGUUGUAAAGUCUUCGACAUGGUGUAAGCACCUUGGUGCUGGAGAUGUUGCAUGGAAUUCGAAGCCUUGAUGCUUUGCC